CAAAAUUUGUUGGUGGAUUCGAAUGGUUUCGGCUCGUUAUCAUGGAAUUCAGCUGGGACAUUAUUGUCUCCCUCGGCCUUGUGGUGCUAGCACACAGUAUAGUCUACGUUUUUGUAAUGAAAAAGAGAGCCAAGAGCAUCGAUGGACGCCAUGUCGUGGUCACCGGCGGCUCGAGCGGCAUUGGGGUCUGCCUGGCCAUGGAAUGCGUCACGAAGGGAGCCCAUGUUACGAUUAUAGCGCGUGACGAAAAAAGGCUCAAAGCGGCCGUGGACCAGUUGGAGCUUGUGCGCCAGCGAGCGGAUCAAAAGAUUCAGUACCGCAGCCUGGACAUUGGUGGAGACUAUGAGGAAGUGGCUCGCGUGCUGGCUGAGACCGAGGAAACUGUUGGCCCCAUUUACGCCUUGCUCAAUUGUGCGGGCAUGGCCAUUUGCGGAGUCUUCGAGGAAGUUUCUGUUCGGGAUGUCCACAAGCUGAUGAAUGUCAACUUCUUUGGCAGCUACAACUGUACCCGCCACGUCCUGCCCAAGAUGAAGCGGGCGAGGGAGGGCAUUAUUGUGAUUACCUCAUCGCAGGCCGCCAUGUUCGGCAUCUAUGGCUAUGGACCGUAUGCAGCCAGUAAAUACGCGCUGCGAGCCAUGGCCGAAACGAUCGCAAUGGAGUCCAGAGAGCACGGCGUCAGUGUCACCUUGGCCUUGCCCUGUGACACAAACACCCCAGGGUUUGAGGAGGAGGAGAAGUCCAAGCCACGCGAAACGAAGAUCAUUUCGGGCGGUGGAGGUCUUCUGAAGCCGGAGGACAUGGCCAAAGCCAUUCUCCAGGAUGCCUUGAAGGGCAACUUUAUCUCGACUGUGGGCGCAGAGAGCUGGCUGAUUACCAUGUUGGGCGGCGGUCUGCUGCCCUGGGAUGGCUUCUUCACAAAUCUCCUGCACGCCUUGGUCAUAGGUCCACUGCGUUUGGUCGGCUAUGGCCUGCACAAGUACUUCAAUAGCAUCAUACGGAAAUGCGCCAAGGAGGAUCGGGCUGGCGAUAAAGUGGAAUCGAAGUGAUUUUAUUUCCAUUAUCUCCCUGUGGAUCGUACAUUUAAACACUUAUUGUUGUAUUUCUAACAUUGCAUGGCGCAUGUUUAGGCAACUACUAUUCCAAAUAUCGCCUGACUUCAGCCACUUUAGUAGCACAUCAAACGAGUAUUAAUGUAAUCGAAUUGUUCUAUAACCCACAUUUUCUUAUAUAGUUCUAGUCUUGUUAAUGUUCAACGCACGUUUCAGGGGAAUUUAAUAUGUAAUUAAAAUACAACAAAAUGUUCUAUUAAAUUGAUAAAUAUUACAUGUAA